AUGGCGACUGUCGCUGUCGAUAUUCCAUUCCUUUCUUCGCAUUAUGCCAUCCCAGAAGCCGCGUUAACUACGCUAUCGGAGAAUCCAACCGUAGAGCUCGUGAACCAGUUACUGGAGAGCAUCUCGACCAAGGCUCGCGAGACAGAGGAUCUCAAAUCUGACAAGCUACGGCUAGAAGUAGAGCUUGAAAAUGCUGUUCGUGGUGGUGAGGCUAAGGUGAAGGUGUUAAAGUCGUCGGUAGAGAAAGGGUUAGAGGAAGUAUCGAAACUUCGAAGCAAGCUCCAGGAAUCAGCUGGAACAUCACUUUCUAACAACACCGGUACAAAAGAGAAUGCUCGAUCCCAGCUUGAGUCGGAAAUCGGGACUCUCAAGUCAGCCACUUCUACGAGUGAAGCAGAAGUUGGAAGCUUCAAGUCACGGAUUGCAUCGCUAGAAGCGUCGAACCGUGAUACCCUUGGGCUUCUCGAAUCGAAGUCUGUCGCUUAUGACAAACUCGCCGAAGAACUCUCUAUACAACAUCGCAAGACUAUCGAUCUUCGUCGUGAAGUCACCGCUCUUGAGCAGAAGAUACAGGCAGCAUCAUCGACAGCCGCUAGCACUCGGUUCCGCGAACAGAGCUUGCAGCAGGAAGUAGACCUGUUGAAGAAGAACAAUGAAUGGUUCGAGACAGAAUUGAAAACAAAAUCGGCAGAACACCUCAAAUUCCGAAAAGAAAAAAGCGCCCGUAUCUCCGAGCUCCAACGACUGAAUGAAGAGGCAAACUCGAAAGCAGAAACGCUAGAACGAAGCGAAAAUGCUCUUAAACGACGAUUAGAUGAUGUUGAGCAGAAAUACGAGGAAUCUCUUGCGAAUGUGCAACAACUCAAGGAAGAAGCCAUACAAGCCACCGAAUCUUUCCGGAUUGAACUUGAUAGUUCUUCACGCCUUGCCCAACUUCAACAGGCUGCCGCCGAAACCGCAAAACAGCGAGUGCAAGAAUUUCAGAUUGCAUUAGAGAAAGCCAGAGACGAUGCCACCGAGCAGAUUUCUAGACUUCGAGGGGAAAUUGAAACCGAACAUUCCGACAAAGAGGCUGCGGAACGGCGCGUUGCAGAGCUAGAGCUGACUAUUAAGCAGUUGGAGACCGAAGGUUCUGCCGCUAGACUGCAGCCUAUGAGCCCUAGCUUGAAUAAUGGUGUUUCCACACCUCUUCGCCCAGGAACCCCUGUUGGCUCGUUCUCACCAAGGUCUUCACGCGGCGUAAAGGGCGGGUUGACACUGACCCAAAUGUACACCGAAUAUGACAAAAUGCGAGCUCUUCUUAAUGCUGAGCAAAAGAACAACGAAGAGCUCAAAGCAGCUAUGGACGAGAUGGUACAGGAUCUGGAAUCGAGGCAGCCAGAGAUUGAUGAGCUGCGCUCAGACCACUCGCGUCUUGAGGCUGCCGUCGUCGAGAUGUCUAACAUUCUAGACACAGCUGGCAAAGAAAGAGAGGCCGCAACCCGGGAGGCCAGGAAGUGGCAGGGUCAGGUUGGUGGCUUGGAGCGCGAAGGGCAGAUAUUACGCCAGCAACUUAGGGAUCUUAGCGCUCAAGUGAAAGUCUUGGUUAUGGAGGUCCACUUGCUCUCUGCUGGUGAAAAGGAGUACGAUCGUGCAGACCUAGAGAAAAUUGCUCGCGAGGGUAUCGAAGAGUCGGCGGAAGAUAUGACAGAGACCGGCCAGUUUAUCAGCCGCAACAUAACGACCUUUAAGAACCUCAAUGAACUCCAGGAGCAGAAUGUCACACUGCGCAGAAUGCUUCGGCAGCUUGGAGAUCAGAUGGAAGGUGAAGAGGCUCGGAAAAAGGAUAUUUCUUACCAGAAGGACCAGGAAGAGCUGAAGGAACUACGCGUGCGUGUUCAAACCUAUCGUGAUGAAAUGGCAAAUCUCGUCUCCCAAACCAAGAGCUAUAUUAAAGAGCGAGAUACUUUCCGCAGCAUGCUUAUCCGACGUCGCGAAACCGGAGAAUCCUCCGAGCCAUUUUCUCAAUCUCUUCCCCUGGGAGCUGCUCCUCCUGCUCUGGACGGUAGUACUAUGUCUACAGCCCCUGGCCCUGAUUAUGCUGAUCUCCUUAGGAAGCUACAAGCUCAUUUCGAUUCUUUCCGUGAAGAAACAGCAACCGAUCACUCUUCAUUAAAACAACAGGUCAACGAGCUAACGAGGCGAAAUAGUGAGCUCCAGAGUGAAGUUAGUCGCGCUAGUAGUCAACUUGCUUCUGCCAUACAACGUGCGGAGCUUUUGCAAUCUAACUUCAACUUGCUUAAGGGCGAGAAUGUGGAACUGCAAAAGCGUCACACUGCAUUAAUGGAAAAUGCGAACAAACAAGAUCUUCGUACGCAGCAGGUAGCAGAAGACCUUGUGGAAGCGCGAGGACUUGUAGAUAGUCUCACAAGGGAGAGCGCGAAUCUCAAAGCAGAAAAAGACCUUUGGAAGAGUAUUGAGAAGAGGCUGGUUGAAGAUAACGAAGCGCUACGAAAUGAACGCAGCCGCCUAGAUUCAUUAAACGCAAACUUACAGUCUAUGCUCAAUGAGCGCGAACAUUCCGAAACAGAAAGCAGACGCCGCCUUCAGGCAACUGUUGAGGCUUUGGAGUCAGAGCUACAGACCACAAAACGCAAACUCAAUGAGGAGACCGAAGAGGCAAAGAAGGCAACGCUACGCAAGGAAUACGACCAUGAACAAAGCCAGAAGAGAAUCGACGACCUUGUUACAAGCCUUAGUUCCUCCCGUGAAGAACUUAUUGCCACAAAAACAAGCAGAGAUCAUUUACAGUCGAGGGUUGAUGAGUUGUCUGUUGAGCUUAAGAGUGUGGAGGAACGGCUCGCAGUGUUACAGCAUAAACCUACCGCUAAUGUUUCUAUUCCUACUUCUGGUGAUGAGACUUCCGAAGCAGCCCCUGAAAAUCAACUUAGCCGAGAGCAAGAAUUGGCUAUUGAAGUAUCCGAGCUGAAACGCGAUCUCGAGCUGACCAAGGGCGAAUUAGAACAUGCAAAGGAGCAAGCUGAGGAUUUCAAGGCUAUCAGCCAGUCGACCGAAGAAAGACUUGAGGCGCUUAGCGAUACUAAUGAACAGUACCGUGAAGAAACCGACCGCCUUCUCGAAGAGAAGAAUGCUAAGAUUGCUGAUCUGGAGAAACGAGUGGAGGAGAUCACAAGCGAGCUCGCGACGACUAACAACGAAAUAUCGAAACUUCGAGACCAAGAGGGAGAAGCACAGCGUCGCAUGGAAGACCAGAAGGAAAUGUUGGAAGCUGAAAUUAAGAGACUCAAGGAAAAUGAAGAACGAUACACUGCAGCUGCACAAUUCCAUCAGCAAGAUCUCAAGGCACAAGCUGAGAUUGCUCAGAACGCCCAACAGAACUAUGAGAAUGAACUUGUUAAGCACGCUGAAGCUGCCAGAACUCUGCAAACUGUCCGAGCCGAAGCAAAUGAGCUCAAACUGGAAGUGGUCGAUUUGCGAACUCAGGCAGAGACAGCUAAGAAUAGCCUUGCCCAUCAAGAAGAGAACUGGAAUGAGUUGAAGGAGCGUUAUGAAUCCGAGAUUGGAGAGUUGAAUCGCCGCAGAGAGGAGGUUCUUAAACAAAACUCUCUUCUGCAUGGGCAGCUGGAGACUAUUACUCGUCAAAUAUCUGCAUUACAGCGUGAUCGAGCCAGCAUGCCUGAGAAUACCGAAGAAGGAGAUGAUUCAUCCGGAACUGAUUUGGAGGGUCUUCAGGAAGUCAUCAAAUUCUUACGCAGAGAGAAGGAAAUUGUUGAUGUUCAAUACCAUCUAUCAACCCAAGAAGGCAAGCGACUUCGACAACAACUCGAUUACACCCAGAGCCAGCUUGAAGAAACUCGCCUCAAGCUUGAACAGCAACGCCGAGCCGAGGCUGAUAAUGAGCAUAAUACUCUCAAUCACAACAAGCUCAUGGAGACUCUCAAUGAACUCAACCUCUUCCGUGAGAGCAGCGUCACUCUUCGUAACCAAAUAAAACAAUACGAAGCUACAAUCGCCUCCAAAUCUGCUCAAAUCGAAGAGAUUCAACAGCAAGCUGAACCACUCCAAACUCGCAUACGAGAACUUGAGAAUAACCUUGAAACUAAGGAUGGCGAAAUGAAGCUGCUCCAAGAGGAUAGAGACAGAUGGCAACAGCGAACACAAAACAUUCUUCAGAAGUACGACCGUGUGGACCCCGUUGAGAUGGAGGCUUUGAAAGAGAAGCUUGCCUCUCUUGAGAAAGAGCAGGCUGAGGCAUCUGCGGAGAAGAAUGCCCUUCAAGCUCAAAUUAAUUCAUUCCCAGAACAGCUCAAACAAGCAGAGGAGAAGGUUCAAGAUCUUCGUUCCAAGCUUACCGAGCAGUUCAAAGCUAGAUCGAAGGAGCUUACAGGAAGAAUCAAUGCUAAACAAGGAGAACUUAACAUUGCUAUUCAAGAGAAAGAGGCUAUUCAGCUCGAGUUGAGCAACACGAGAGAAGAACUCAAUGCUCUGAAGGCCAGUGCAUCCGAAAACCCGCCUGCGGCCCCAGCUCUAACCGCCCCUGAGGCACCACCUGCUUCAUCCCAGGCUGUGAUACCUGAACAACCUAGCGUUGAAAAUGCACAGAAUAUAGCGGAACUGGAGGAGAAGGUUGCGAAAUUGGAGGCAGCCCUUGCAGAGAAGGAAGCAGAAAUGGAUGGAAAGAUCAGGGAACGAAUCGAGAAAAUGAAGGAAACAUUGAACAACAAGCUAGCAGAAUACAAGACGGCUCAUAAAGAGCAGAUGGACAAACUGAUCGCAACCCACCAGCAAGAGCUUGCGGCCAAACCGUCUGGCGAGCUUCCUCCGGAAUUAUCUGAUAGCCAGGCAAGGGAAUUGGUUGCGACAAAUGAAACUAUCCGCGGCAUCAUCAGAAACAACAUCAAGAAUGCCGUGAGUAGGGAACGGGAAUCUAUGUCAAAGGCGGCUGAUUCCACAGCUUUAAUAGAAAUGGAGAAGAAAUUCAGUGAGGAAAAAGAAGCUCUAUUAAAGGAGCGUGAUCAAAAGAUUGGAUCUGCCGUCGAGCUAGCUGAGAAACGAUUGCUGGCCAAGGUCAGUAUGACGGAGGGUAGAGCCAGGAAUGUACAAGCCAAAUUAGAGGUCGUUCAGAAAGCUGCGACUGAUACGCCUCAAAAGCCAGUUGUGGAAGUUUGGGAAGUUGCCAAAGUUGCCAAACCCGCGCCGGCAUCACAAGCUGCAACUCCUAAGCCAGCACCACGGACACCUGCGGCAGCUCAGCCCCCAGCCCCUGCACCGCAAGCAACCCAGCAGGCCCCACCACAGGUACCAGCAGCUCCCACAACGCCUAUGAAGCCAGCAGUCCCGGGUGAAUUGCAGCAAACUCCAACUCCAGCAGAACGACCAGCCCAGGCACCCCAAGCGACUCAGGCGCCUUCUCUCCCUCAACCUGCAGCUCAAGUACAACAGCAGCAAGGUCAAGCCGCACCUAACCUGCAAGACCAAAAGAGUCAGCAGCCUCAGCAACCUCAGCAACCUCAGCAGGUCCAACAAACUCAGCCUGCCUCGGGCCUCCCUAAUAGACCUCCCCAGACUACUCACCAAGCGGCUGCAGGAACAGGCCCAGGGGUGCUUCGGGCUCUUCAAUCAGGGCUACCUGUUGCUCGUGGUGGGCGUGGCCGGGGUGGUCCUGCCGGGCAAGUAAGUCAACCACAUAAUGUCGGAGGUCAACAAGGUCCUGGCCCUCAACCUCAGCAAGGCCAGCAAGGUCAGCAACCGACUGCCACGCGAGGCCAUGGUGUUCCUCGUGGCGGCCGUGGCAGAGGUGGACCCGGGCGUGGAGGAGCUCAGCAUGUUCAGACUGGAAAUCUCCCAGCAGGAACCAGUCAAUCGAGCCCUAGAGGUGGCCGAGGCGGACUCAAUGCCCACGCCCGACAAUUCAUCCCACAGGGUAAUAAACGAACAAGAGAAGAUGGAGCUGAAGCCCCUGACACUGGAAAUGGGAAGCGAAUUCGCGGAGGCGGCGCUGGUUCAAGCUAA